AUGUCGAAACCAAUUCUUUCCCUUCAAUCAAAUCAAUCCGAUAAAGGAAACAAAGCCGUCGCCAAUCUCUUGCCGUGCCGCAUUCACCACGACGGUCCAGUUGGCGCGACUGAGCACUUUUGGAAUCCGAACAAAGCUGAUGAUGGAAAGCAUGUAGCAUACUUUCGUGGCAGAAAGCUUCACGGAACCACAGUCAAGUUGCCAGAGCAAUACCGUGGGGUGGUUAUGGAGAAGAGCGACAAACCGACUGGCAACCGGCGACCAGAGGUUGAAGAGGAGAUUGAAGAGGAGGAACAACAAGUCGAGACGGGUGCCAUGGAUAUCAAGGCUGAAUUUGAUGAAAUCGUCAUUUGGGGACACGAGGCAAGCGCCGACGCUGCCUCGGACCCCUACGUCAGGAGUAUUGAAGAGUGGUUGACUGUGGCUGAACAGAUACACUCAUACCCUCCACCAGAAGCCAGCAAUGGUGCGUAG